AUGUGUUUGAACAGACAAGGUGAAUUCUCCUGUUGUGAUACGUGCUCAGGCAGGCUUGAAUGGAAUCUUUUACCUCUAACACUGGAGAGACAGCACACUAAAGGAUUACCCACUCUUUGGAAAUAACUGAUCUGAAUUUUAGAUUAAAGCCACGAUGGAGGCAACUAGCGAUACAUCAAAAAUCUUGGAGAAGGGUCCUGAAUACCUUCGAAAACAAAUGGAACUGGAGAGUGAGACUAAAGGACACAUGAGUGCCGUGGAGAGGCUCGCCGCAAGCAAACCGAAGUAUGUCAAAAGCCAGCAGGUGGUCAACUCAACUCAGGAGCCAGUUAUCAGUCUUGGAUCAGCCUCUGUGAGCAGCACUGGGUCUUCUAAUCGGAGCUCGAACCGUAGCUGGAAGCGUGUCACAGGCGGUAAGUCAACAGAGGCUACAUGUGGUGCACCAACAUGCUCACAGGUACGGCGGUCCAGCUCCAAGAAACGACCAGACUCGCUUCUGCUUUACAGACAGAAAUGUGAGUUACUGAGAGGGUCGGCAAAUGACCGGAAACACCACAUUACACGCAAGCUGCUGCUCAGCUCUGUGCAAAAAAAUGUUCCGUUACGUGAGGUGGCUGAUAAGGACUGUGACGCUGAGGGCAGCGAGGAAAAAAUCACCUCACCUGAGGGAGCAGCAAAGGAAUGCAGCUCACAUGGAGUCUCCUCUCAAUCAACGGGGAGGAGGGAUGGAGUAGCAGGACAGAGCACGGGAAACAUUGCUUUUGGGACAAAGGUGACAGCUGGUGUUGGGAAGAAAUCUGGACUCCUGGCGGUUCUUGAGAUUGAAAGGAGGUCCGGCAAAGGCGUCAGUCGCUCCCACUCUGACAUCAGCUCCAGGUACUCCAAAAACUUUGCAGACUUUGACACUUUUUUCAAGUACUGCGGGCUGGACGGUGAGGUGAUCGAGUCUUUGGGGAAGGAGAACUUCUCGGCGCGAUCAGAUGAAAUUGCAGUAAACAUCCGGAGUGUCAGCGUCUCUACAUCAGAGGGCGGUUUCUCCAAGAACAGCGGUGACAGCGACGGACUCCUGGAGGAUGAGCUGAAUGGAAAGAUACGUCAGGGGACGUCAGUUAUUGAGCGCAAUGCAAGGAUUAUCAAAUGGCUGUACAGCUGCAAAAAUGCUAUCGAGACUGGAAAGAAAUUAAGAGAUCUUGACUGAGACUCUUUUUUCUCUGCACAUGUGUUUACCAAUGACAUGCAGAUGAUACAUUUUAUCCAUUCAUCACAUUUUAAUGCAGAACAUGCAUCAAAACACUGUGUGUUUGUGUGCCUGUGUGCUUAUAUCAUUGUUUCCUUUGGUUUAUGUGUAUACGGUAUGUGUGUGUGAAAAUUUCAGCAGACACUUCUGUGCAAAAAAAAGCGUGUUUGCAUCUGUUCAAACUUGCAGAAACCUAGCUUGUUCUCUGUCAGGUUGGGGGGCCACAAAGACCCCCUCAUCACACACAAAAGAACACAAAACUGUUACCUAACAUUUUCAUCUUCAAAAUGUACAUUUAAUUGUGAUUGAAUGAAAAAUAAUGGACAGUGAGAUCCAUCAUAAACUAAAAAUAAAAAAUAAAAAAAUUCCAAAUACGUUAGGGUUCAAUUAAUAGUAUUUAAAUGGGUUUUAUUUGAAUACUUAAUUUUUUUGAUAAAAUAACUCCCUAAAACUCACCUUUACUUAACAGUUCAUACUCUAAAUUGUACAUAAUGGAUUUAUUGAUGGUUAGUAAAUACUACACUCAUGAUCUAAGGGUCGGAUUUUGGGUUGCCAGGUUGUGAAAAACUCCUUUGUUUUACCUCUGUGUUUGGUAAUAAUAUAGCCACAAAUGUUAAUCCAUUCAUAAUAAGUUGUUAAUAGAUGGAUUUUUGUCCAGAUCUGCUGGAAGGUGUGUGUUCAUCCCUCAAAGAGAUUUUUCACAAUCUGGCAACCCAAAAAUUGUCUUUUUCCAUGCCUUAAAACUGUGCUAUAAAACAGUAAAUUAUCAUGAGAAAGUGAUGCCAGUAAAAUAAAGGCUGAGCAUGUUAUGGCAUUUCAUACUCAUGUUCAUAAAUGAUCCUCAGCUGGGUCUUUAGACCACUAACCAUGAAAGUGCCCUCAAAUCACCAUUUAUGUAACCUGCCUCUUAAAUUUAUAAUCCAAUGAGCAUCCUCAUCCAUUUCUCUCCAGGUGAAAGGUGUACUUUCCAUCACACACACACACACACACACACACACAAACACACGCACACACGCACACACACACACACACACACACACACACACACACACACACACACACAAUAGUUGCUGAUGUAAAAAGUGUAUCUUGUAGGAUGUGGUUAUUUUCCAGCCAAAUAAUAAUCAGUUGUUCUGUGAGUCCUGUGUGAGAGGAAUGCACCUGAUAAUCUGAUAGGCUUAAGUCCAGUGACCCGUUGAAACUGUAUCUCCACUUUCCUCCCAAAUCCCUGUCUGCUUUGUCUGCUCACCAUUUUCUCUCUCUUUCUGUCUGUUAGCCAACUUUCUGUGCUGAUCAAAGCUGAGAGUCUGUAACCCAAGUGGGAAAAAAAGCAAAGGACAGAUUCAUGAUGACUGAGUGUGUUAAACAGAAUUACUACCCACUCUGUUUCCCUCUCACACAAACAAAUCAACAUUUUUGUGCAGCAUAUGUGAGUAGCUACACGUGAACUCGUGUUGUAGACACACCUUUCACAUCCCCAGAAGCCCGACUGAUGAUUUUGCAUCGAGGCAAGUCAUGUCUCGUCCUCUCCACUGUUGCCAAAAUUUUACGUCAAUCUUAAUAUUCAGUUGAUGAUUCAGCCAGGAAGAAAAGGGCACUCAUUACUGACUAAAAUGCACACUGUCUGCCUUGUUGUAAGCUUGUAAGUUUCUUAUUUUAUUGGAGGUUUUAUCAUGUAAAAGAUUUACUGCUUUCUAAGCUGAAGUACUACUGCAAUGUCACUCCACCCCUUACCCAAACCAGGUUCAAUCUGGGGUUGCUGCUGCCUGCAUAACAUUGUUUUAUACUAUUAAAUUAUAAUUAUUUACUUACAAGUAAAUUGUUGCUGAAAUCUAGUAAAAAAUUGUGUGCACAACAUAUAUUAAACCCAGGUGCAGGAUAACAGCUUUUGCCUGAUGAUGACUCAGUGGGGAUUUUUUGGUCAAAUAAAGUGUUGGGGUGCAGUU